GGCCGCGAAGUAGCGCCACCCCGACAACGCUUUGCGAAGAGCGCUCCGCGUCCGCGCCUCUCUGUCCCGCGCAGUGCACCCUGGGAAGAGGGCGCGGGAGAAGGAGAGGGCGCUUGACGUUGCUUAGCAACCAGAGAGCGGCCCGGCUUAGCCCAGGCUGCUCUAGAAAGCCAGGAUGGCGACCAUCGAUGCCAGUCAGUGGGAUGAAACCAUUUGUGAUAGGAUUGCCUGCCAACACCCUCCCUGCUGGGAGACAAUCCAGAGGAUCGUGAAAGGGCAGCCCCGGAUCAUGUUGAGAAGCCUUGACUCUCCGGAGGGAGAUUCCCCCGAACCUGAAGAUGAACUGCCAACGCUAAAGAUUGUGGACCUUCCCCUCAACUAUUCUCAAAGAGAUCAGAUCAGAUCUGCUGAAAAUUUACUUUCCAUCUCGAAAACUAUCUCAAGCAUCAAAGAUUAUAGAAGUUACUUUUCAGAUACCACCCUGAACAAUGCUUUGGUGCCCCCAAUUUCGCGAAUCAGUUCCGAAAGGUAUCCCUUCCCAGGACUGAACUCCAGGAUGGAAACUCGCACUUCCCACUUCACACCGAUAGAGAAACAUCUCAUUUUCCCACACGUACAGAUACAGGUGACAGACUUCAAUGAGAUUGCUGUGCACGGGCUGUGCACACACCUGCCCCCCUGUGGAAGCUUGGUGGUGACAUGGGUCCCAGACAGGCGCCACAGGCUUCUGCGACCUGAGAAGCCGGCCACAAGAGGAGUGCGGGUGAGAGACCUUGCUUCAGAAAGCACCCUCAUGGUUGUGGAGAAGAAGGAGAUGAAAAGAAAAAAAUCGAAUAAAGUUCCUACAGGUGGUCAGCCCUACCUCCUUCAUCUAAGGAAGAAGCCAAAGGAACCUGCCAAUUUGCCGAGUAUCCUUUCAGGUAAAGAAAGGGUCCCCAAGGGAAGCCUCCUUGUGAGUAAAGAAAGGGAACCCAAGGGAGGCCUCCUGAGGGAGAAGAGCUUCUCAUCCUGUCACUCGCAGCCAGCUCCUGUUGCACCCCUCCUGCCUCGCUCCAAGAGCCUCCUGCAUCUAGAGAACAGGAGGGGGGAAGUGGCAGCCAGGAAGGAGGAGCUGCAGUCCCCCUUCACUGUGCAGAAGGCACCCAGUGCAAAGAUUCCCAUGAAAGAAAAUCUCUUGAGACGGACCCCAAGCCGACUAAAGUUUGCCUUAAGAGACUCUGUGGCUUUCAGGCGUCCGAUGCCAAUGCUAGCAGAGCAGCAGGAAGGUGUGGAUCCCAGUUGCAGUGGAGGAGGAGGCCUCCCAGACACGGCCCAGCUCUACCAGGAAGGCAUAAGUGCUGUCAGAGCAGGACAGAUUUCUCAGGGUGAAUUUGAGUCUUCCAUGGCCCAAAUUGGGCAAAAGGUGUGA